CUCCUGCGGGAACUACAUCCCCCAGUAGGCUGUGUUUCGGUGGCCGUCCGCGCGGCUGCAAUAGAGGUCAAUUGCGCCCUUUGGGGUGCAGCGCGAGAUGAGCGUUACCUCUCUCCUGAAGGUCUUGGAAGGACGGCCCAUCCGUGGCCUUCACUGCCGUGGCUCCCACUCCUCCGUGGCCAAGGCUGACCAGACCCUGGCCUUUGUUCCUGCCAGUCCUCCCCUGGACCCGGUGGAAGUUCAGAAGCUGCAGGAGUUUGUGAGCAGGGCCCGGAGGCUCUUUGUGUUGACCGGAGCAGGAAUCUCCACCGAAUCUGGAAUCCCAGACUAUCGCUCCGAAGGCGUGGGCCUCUAUUCCCGGACGGAUCGACGUCCCGUGCAGCACGCCGAAUUUCUGCGGAGUGCCCGGGCCCGCCAGAAGUACUGGGCCAGGAACUUUGUCGGCUGGCCCCAGUUUUCGGCCCACCAGCCCAACGUCGCCCACUUGGCCCUGAGGAACUGGGAGGCACUGGGGAAACUGCACUGGCUGGUGACCCAGAAUGUGGACGCCCUCCACGCCAAGGCCGGCAGCCAGCGUUUGACGGAGCUGCACGGCUGCAUCCACAGGGUCUUGUGCCUCAGUUGCGGAGACCGGACGCCCCGCACCGACCUCCAGGAGCGCUUUGAGGCAUUGAACCCCACCUGGAGAGCCGAGGCGCAUGGGGUGGCCCCGGACGGCGACGUCUUCCUGUCCGAAGAAGAGGUGCGCACAUUCCUCGUCCCCCCGUGUGGCAAGUGCGGCGGGAACCUCAAACCAGACGUGACGUUCUUCGGAGACUCUGUGAGCAAAGAGAAAGUGGACUUUGUGUACCAGCGCCUGGGCGAGGCAGAUUCGGUCCUGGUGGCAGGGUCCUCUUUGCAGGUGUACUCGGCGUACAAGUUUGCACUCGCAGCCCGCGAUGGGAAGCUGCCGAUUGCCGUCGUCAACAUUGGCCCGACAAGGGCAGAUUCCUUUGUGACUCUGAAACUGAAUUCUCGUUGCGGGGAGCUGCUGCCUCUGAUUGUCCUAAAGUGACCCAAAUCGACACCCCAGGGGAGCAACCCCUCUCUGGGGUAGGUUCCUCGCUGACCCAAGGCUCAUUCAGAAAGUUGUUUCUCUGGCAAAGCUGCCAAGAGGCGCAUCUUGCAAGAAGAGGACGUCUCCAAGGACGCAGGCCCGCUCACCUUCCUCCUAGCACAGCUUUGGAAAACUCUUUCCCUGUCUCUUUAUAAAACCUCUCGGGUUCAACUAUGACCGGUUCUGCUCCUUGGUGCGACCUGACAAAACGGAAGCUGGCACGUCACUGUAUUUUCCCUGUUCUGCACCCAUGAAUGGUUCUGCUCUGCCCAAUGAAACGAAAGCAGAGGAAUCCCAGGAGGCCUUGUUUCUGCCCAGCCAACCAGCCCUUUGGUUGAGAGGGGAGAGCCGUAGCUCAGUGGUAGAGCAACUGCUCCGCAUGCAGAAGGUCCCGGGUUUGAUCCCAGGCAUCAUCAUCAUCAUCAUAACAACAACAACAACAACAACAAUAGAUUAUUACCGUAUUUAUAGUCCGCCCAUCUGGCUGGGUUUUCCCAGCCACUCUGGGCGGCUCUCAACAGAAUUUUAAAAACACGAUGAAACAUCAGACAUAAAAAACUUCCCUAAACAGGACUGCCUUCAGAUGUCGUCUAAAAGACAGAUAGUUCUUUCUUCUCCUUGACAUCUGAUGGGAGGGUGUUCCACAGGGCGGGCGCCACUACCGAGAAGGCCCUCUGCCUGGUUCCCUGCAACUUGGCUUCUCGCAACGAGGGAACCACCAGAAGGCCCUCGGCACUGGACCUCAGUGUCCGGGCAGAGCGAUGGAGGUGGAGACGCUCCUUCAGGUAUACUGGACCGAGGCCGUUUAGGGCUUUAAAGGUCAGUACCAACACUUUGAAUUGUGCUCAGAAACGUACAUGGGAACAGAAUGCUAUGCUAGGUGGCCCCUUGGCCUGAUCCAGCACGACUCUUCUUAUGUCCCUAUGACUAAAACAAUAGGAAUGGUAUUAUCUAAGAAGAAAUAUCCGCAGGGGAUUGACCUGUUUGCAGCAGACUCUCAAACAACUUGUAACUUGCACCCUUUGGUUUGAGUCCUAAGCUCGGGAGCAGGAGAAAACAAUCUUGCUGCAUCUUCCACAGAUAUUUGAACUCAGUCUCCUCUUUUCUAGGCUAGACUAAGUAUACCCAGCUGCUUCGACCGCUCUUCAUACAGCUCUUCAUACGGCAUGGUUUCCAGACCCUUGAUCAUCCCUGGACCGGCCCCUCCUUGGCGCCUCCCUCCAGCGGCCGCUCCGGGACGCGGCGGUGGCGCGCGGCCAUUGAGCUUCCUCCAUGAAGCAGAAUCAGCGAGACUCCUGCCUAGAGAGGCAGCAGGCGCGUGGUGCCACUCUAGGCAGCAGUCUCGCUGAUUCUGCUUCAUGGAGGAAGCUCAAUGGCCGCGCGCUACUGCUGCCGUGGGGGGUGGGGGGGCAUCGGCAGCAGCUGCUCCCAGACACCAGCCGUUCGGUACCCCUUCCGCGCCCCUGGUGGCCAGGCGCCCUGGCGCCUUGCGCCACCCAGCCCGAACCUAGAGACGGCCCUGAAUGCAAUCUAUAUAAAUAAAAAUGUAAAUGUUCGUAUGUUCAAAAACUUAAAUCUCUGAAAGUUCUUCACUGAUUGAUUUGAAAUUUUGACACAAUGUUGCAUUUGAAUACACAUGUGUUUUUAUAUACCUAUAUUAUAUAGAUGUCACACAUGUGACAGGUAAUAGCAUGCUUUUUUGAAAAACAGCACAAUCUGUUGGACGUCAAAGCAACACACAUGAUGUCAUGCGGCUGGGGUGGGGAA